UUAAAAUGGUGUUUAUGUACUCAAUAAAACGAUCUUAAUAUUUUACAAAACAAAAAUAUUUUUAUUUUGAUUUGGCACACAGUCUUUCACUAGUACGAUACUACGAAGGCGCUUAUAUCUUAUAUAUGUAUAUAUAUGUAUGUAUGUUUUUAAGUAGUGUCUUGCUCUCUCACAGCACUCCCCAGCACAUAUUCGCAUUGACUAUAUUUUUACCUCUCCAGCGAAUUUUAAAAUUUAUUUUCGAAACUUCGAAAGUAUUUCAGUUCUGAAGAAAGCUAGAUUUUCAGUUGUAACGAACACGCUGGGACAACUAGAAGAAAGCGAUCGUGACGCCAAGUGUUCCUUACCGCGCGAAUAUUUUUGUUUUCGGCCAUAAUAAUUUAGAUGUUUUCGCAAGUACGAAAAUAAACCACUUUGUACGGGUAUCUACGUGUUAGGAAAUUUCAAAAUUGUGUCAUUGUGCCUACAAAUUCGAGAUGCGUCCAACGACAGUGCCGAUUUGGCAAAUUUUGAUUAUUUUUGUCGUUGCUCCUCUGCAGUCAUUGAUCGAGUGCAAAUCCUUUUUCGGCAUUGGUACACGCAUCCACAACGAUCAAUUACUACUAAAAGAUAUACAACAAGCACGUUUGGUCGGCGUCGAUAAGGGACAAGAAGUUGGCUUUAAUUAUGCCAUUCCAGAGCCCAUAACUUACAUCGAAAUAGUUUCUGAGCAAAAUGUUUUGGCCGAUGUCAACUUCAAAUAUCAGGAUAAUUUGGUGGAAGGUAGCAUAAUUGCGCUUAAUAAUGCGAACGCCACAGAAACAACUGAUAGUAUGGAACCAUUUGAAGUGCAGAUAUCUAUUUAUGGAUUCAAUGAUACUGUACUGAAUGUAAAUCCAUCGUAUAUACUGAAUAGAGAUCAGCAGUUCCAGGGCAUACUUGGACCAUAUUCUAAUGAAGAUUUUGACUAUGAAAUGGAUGAUGAUGACUUUGAAGAGGCGGAUAGGAAGAACACAAGUGAAGAAGCAAUAGAUGAGCUGGAAGAAGAUAUGAGCUAUACUGAUGAUUUUGGAGAUCCUGAUAAAAUAAUCGAAUUGGGGAUGCGGCAACAAGAUGAUUACCUAGUGUAUGAGACAUACCAGACGUCACAAACUAAUUCACCGGAGCCGUCAAACCACAGCGUCACGUUCUAUUAUAUUGACAGCAAUUUCAUAACCUAUGUGCGUUUCAUAAUAUUCGAUCACACUGUCAAUAAGGCGUCAGACGAUUUCACUCCACCAAUAGCCGUGUACACUCACUUCUCUCCGAAUAGCCUUAAAGCUACUAUCACUGACGUCAAUACCACUAACCUGUUUGUGCAGAUGCUUAUCUUUGGCUAUCAGCCAGACGAUCUUCCAGUCGGCUACAAGCCAUUUUUAUCGAGUGUCCUCGAUUUUACAACCGAAUCGCCGUUAGAGCGUUUGAAAAUGCUACUGAAUGCAAAGUUAAAUAAAAACCAAGACGAUUCGGGGGAGAUCAAUUUCGAAACAGGCGAAAGAAAUUCAUUGCCCAAUAAUAGUAGCACAACGGAUGUGUCUACUAGAAACCAUGUAAAUGAUUUUGCAGUAUUCAAUGUAAUUAUGGUUUGUUUCUUAGUAAACUUAUAUUUUUUUGCAUAAAUAAGUCGUUAUAAAACGAAAUCUAAUUAUAAAAGUAAAAGUGUUAUGUGAUUGCAUGUAUUAUUAAUAUAUGUAUGUACGUAUGUACAUAUUUUUAUAUUAACAAAACCUCCUUUAUUUGCGUCCAUAUUUAAUAACAACGCUGGGAACUGCAAUGAGGGAAAGGAGCUUGAGGUAAGAGGUGAUGGCUAAGUUUAUGAUUAAAAAAUAUUAUUUCUUAGAAUUUUUGUAAUGAUGACACUUGGAUUACACGAAAAAUUAAAAAAAAAGAUAAAAUACAGCCUUUGCUAGAUU